UAUAGAGUCAAAAUACUUUACUCCUUGCAGCGUAAAUUGUUUAUUACCAGUUUUUGGUGUAAUGUAGGUAGGUGUAUUAUAAAGGAUUAUAAACAAGAUUACAAUUUGAUACUGUACGAACACACACCAACAUGGGGAAAACGUUUAUACUGAUAUUUGCAAUAUGCGGGCAUAUAGGGAACAUACACGUGACAGCUGAGUGCACUACAUCAGGUUGUGAGAACGGAGGAACCUGUUCAAGUGACGUGUGUACGUGUGUAGCCGGCUACGAAGGAACCAAUUGUGAAACAAAUAUAGAUGAAUGUGCCUCAAUUCCAUGUAAAAAUGGCGCUACUUGCACAGACGCAGUAAACAGAUACUGGUGUUCUUGCGAUGCUGGCUAUGAAGGAACUAACUGUGAAAUAGAUAUAAAUGAAUGUGCCUCAAAUCCAUGUCAAAAUGGCGGUACUUGCACAGACAUAGUUAACAGAUACGUGUGUUCUUGCGAUGCUGGCUAUGAAGGAACUAACUGUGAAACAAAUAUAAAUGAAUGUGCCUCAAAUCCAUGUCAAAAUGGCGGUACUUGCACAGACGCAGUUAACAGAUACGUGUGUUCUUGCGAUGCUGGCUAUGAAGGAACUAACUGUGAAAUAGAUAUAAAUGAAUGUGCCUCAACUCCAUGUCGAAGUGGAGGUACUUGCUUAGACUCAGUAAACAGAUACUGGUGUUCUUGCGAUGCUGGUUAUGAAGGAACUAACUGUGAAAUAGAUAUAAAUGAAUGUGCCUCAGCUCCAUGUCAAAAUGGCGGUACUUGCACAGACAUAGUUAACAGAUACGUGUGUUCUUGCGAUGCUGGCUAUGAAGGAACUAACUGUGAAACAAAUAUAAAUAAAUGUGCCUCAACUCCAUGUCAAAAUGGCGGUACUUGCACAGACAUACUUAACAGAUACGUGUGUUCUUGCGAUGCUGGCUAUGAAGGAACUAACUGUGAAACAAAUAUAGAUGAAUGUGCCUCAUCUCCAUGUCAAAAUGGCGGUACUUGUACAGACGCAGUUAACAGUUACACGUGUGCUUGCGAUGCUGGCUAUGAAGGAACUAACUGUGAAACAAAUAUAGAUGAAUGUGCCUCAACUCCAUGUCAAAAUGGCGGUACUUGCACAGAUGCAGUAAACAGUUACACGUGUGCUUGCGAUGCUGGUUAUGAAGGAACUAACUGUGAAACAAAUAUAAAUGAAUGUGCCUCAACUCCAUGUCAAAAUGGCGGUACUUGCACAGAUGAUGUAUAUAGAUACAGGUGUUCUUGCGAUGCUGGCUAUGAAGGAACUAACUGUGACACAAAGCCACCAAGUACACCAAGAGGUUUUACAAUAGACUAUAUUCAGUAUAAUAAAGCCCGUUUAUCGUGGUUACCUGGCAACAAUGGAGGGUUAACACAAACGUUUGUUAUACAGUUAGGAACUGGUGAAAGAUCUUGGGAAGAUACAGAAGUCCAAGAUAAAGUCGAACAGAAUGAUAAACCUAUUUCUAAAAUUCUGACGGGUCUCAGUGAUUCUACAACAUACUUUGUACGAAUGUACGCAUAUAACAAAGUUGGAAAUAGUCCGCUUUCGGAAAUUCUUAUUUUUACUACGUCACCUAUCAAAGUUGAAACAGAAACUAAAACUACAACUACAUUAAUCGUGGGAGUUGUCUUAAGUGUAGUGGUAGUUGUAGUUAUAUCGUAUGCGAUUUAUGUCAGAAUCCAACUGAAAAGAACGCGAGACUCUGUCCAGAAGGAUGGUCGCGCGCAGAAAAUAGACGGUCAAGUGAAUAUACAUAUCGGAGACUCUAUAAAUAUCCCUGAUAGUGGAGGGUAUGAAAAUCCAUAUACUGACCUCAAGACAGAAAUGAGGGAUUCAAGAUCUCCAUACGAAGCCAUAUCAACUAUGUAAAGAAACAAUCGACAGAAAUAUUUCACUUAGAUAUAAAAUUAACGCUCGUAUAUUUAAGUCGAACACAAUAUAUUUUGUACAUAAAGUGAAAAAGAUAGCAAUGUAUUCAGCUAAAGCUACCCUUUUUGUGUAAACAUUUUGAAUGAAUUUAGUUGGAAAGGGUUUUUAUUACAACUGUUUUGUUUUAUUUUCUAGAAAAGUUUAAAUAUAUUCUAUGCUCCUCUUUGGAUAAAAUACUUUUAAAAAAUCUGGAAAAGAGAUAAUCCCUCAGGUGCAUUGAAAACAACAAGAAAAUAUGACAACGUUUGGCUCAUUUGAAAGGAUUUGUUAAUUAAAGAUAAUGUAAAAGGUGGAACAAUUAUCACGCCCUAUAGUACCGGCUUAAGUGUUUCAAUCUUAAGAAUUAAUGACCUCGAUGGGCCAGAAAAAUACAAAAAACAUCACCUUAUUCCUGCUGCUGAUAAUUUUUAUUAUUUAUAUGUGUUUGUUAUUGCCAAUAAUCAGUGAAUUAUAAUAAACCCUACCUAGAAUA